ACCAACGGUGCCUAUCUAACGUAGUCCAGACUGGAGUCCAGUCUGACUCGACUUUCAGUCUUCCCAUCCUUUUCGUCACCAUUAAACUUCUAGCCGACUCAGUCCUCCACGACCAACAACUUCUAGAACUUCAGGACGCGUCAAUUCGCAAAACGAUCACCACCAACCCCUUAGUUUACCUUAAUCUCACUGACGUACACAAAACAACCAUGGCUGGGCGUCUGGCUGGCAAGAAUGCCGUUAUAACUGGUGCUGCAGGUGGCAUUGGACUUGAGACGUCCAUCUUGUUCGCCAAGGAGGGUGCCCAUGUGUUGAUGGCCGAUAUCUCACUCGACGCCCUGGCUAAGGCACAGGAAAAGGUCAAGUCACUGGUGCCUGACGCUCAGGUUGAGACAGUGAAAUGCGACGUCUCUAAAGAAGCCGAGGUGAAAGCCAUGAUUGAGCACGUUGAUGCAUGGGGCGGCCUGGACAUCAUCUUCAACAACGCCGGCAUCAUGCACGCUGACGAUGCUGACGCGGUCGACACACCCGAGAACAUCUGGAACCUCACACAGGACAUCAAUGUCAAGGGCGUGUGGUACGGCAGCAAACACGCUGUCCUUGCGCUCCGCCGCCACAAGAAGACCAAGGGUUCCAUCAUCAACACAGCCUCGGUCGUGGCGCUUGUCGGCUCAGCCACCCCGCAGCUUGCCUACACGGCUUCCAAGGGCGCCGUUUUGGCCAUGACGCGCGAGUUAGCCAUCGUCCACGCCCGUGAGGGCUUCCGAUUCAACAACCUGUGCCCGGCACCGCUCAACACACCGCUGUUGCAGGACUGGCUCGGUGAUGACCAGGCCAAGCGUCACAGGCGUGAGGUGCACUUCCCGACUGGCAGGUUCGGCGAGGCUGUCGAGCAGGCCCAGGCCGUAUUGUUCCUUGCCAGCGACGAGAGCAGCUUCGUCAAUGGCCACGACUUUGUCGUGGAUGGUGGCAUGACUAAGGCCUACGUCACUCCUGAGGGUCCAGCUUUGGCUGCCCCGCAGAACAAUGCCAGCAAGUCGUCGCUUGCGUGAAGGGGCAAUCGACGGAUUGAUGCACGAUAGAUGGAGGUCGAAGGGCACACACGCGUUUAGGACAAUAUUGGAUGUUGUCAAGCACCCUACCCUAAGAUGCAUGGAUAUAUUGAAUGUUUGGGUCACAUAUUAGUCUGCACCAAACCCCUGAAAUUGGCAUCCAAGCUCGAACUCCUUUUCCAAUGGCGCCAGGCACCGUCCCAAACUUUAAUCUCGGUCCGAUUUGAUCAUUGUCUCUGUCAACAAAAGGCGGCUAUUUCACCGCUUACUUUAUCCGCUCCUGACGAUCACAGGACACUGACAGGUCUCUAGAACGAGCUAAAUUCUCUUCGGUCUCUGUGUGUAGUUGUUCUAAUUCUAGAGAAGAAAAAUCUUGACCUGAG